CGAGAAAGUUGAUCCUCCUCCAUAUACUCGAGAUCUUCCUCCACCAUAUACUCAAGGUCCUCAAGUGUCCCAGCUAGAAAGAAAGUAGAGUCAAUCAACAUCAGCACAUUUCAAGAUGUCUGAUACUAUCAAGGUUUCCCUUCCUCCGCUCAUCGAUGAGAGAGUUAAGAAGCUAGAGAGCGAACUCAAAACUCUUGAGAAGGAGCUUGAAAUGUGUGACGCCAAUGGGACAAACUCCAAGGACGUAUUAAACAGAAUCUCGGAUGUGCUGCUCGAAUAUAACGGCCUUAUACUCCAAUAUGGUGUAACUCGCCCGACAUGGUUGCAGAAUUUAGCCACCUUCCUAGGAUUGUGAAUGUGUAUUGCGGGUGUUCAAUUGCCUCUUUUCUUGUGGCUUCUGAAACACUUAGCUGAUUUCUUUGGCACAAACUCUCCUCCAUAGUUGUUCGUAAAACUUAGUUGCUGUCUGGGCGAUCACCAAACACUUUCCGUU